AGAAGAAGAAGAAGAAGCAGACCUCUGAUUAAAAGAGCGCAGGAAAAAAAACUGCUUGUAAUAAAAGUCACAAGUUGUCAUGUGUACUUUGUCUAAUAGGAGGGAAGUUUCCUUUUGACAGUGCAGCACUGUUUGUGUACAUCCAUACUCUGCAUCACCCCUCUGGCUGUUGUUUGCGUAUUAAACUGUAACUAAACAGAUAGUGAGGUCAACUUUUAACAGCGGAGCAACUUUGUUGAAAUGGAUUUACGCGGCUCCUCAUGGGCUUUUUAAGAAUUGAAAUUAGUCUUCGGAACAACACUACAAGCUGCACUACGUUAAAAUGUAUUAGGGCGAUUAAGAAGACGGCAUGGCAGACAGAAGGACUUACAACGUUGUGAUUUUAGGUGUGGGGUUUUUAUUCCUUUUCACCGCCUUCACCACAUGUGGGAACGUUGAACAAACUGUGGUGAAAAGUCUGCAAAAUUCAACUUUCAGUGGGAGUGGGUACCACAGCCUUGGGAUAAUCUAUGGUGUCUUUUCAUUUUCCAACCUGCUCGCACCAACAAUUGUUACCGUAAUUGGAGCCAAACUGACCAUGUUUUUGAGCGGCCUUCUUUACAGUGGUUACAUUGCUGUGUUCAUCAUCCCUACCACAUGGUCUUUUUACCUGACCUCUGUACUCAUCGGCAUGGGAGCAGCCAUGCUCUGGACAGCUCAAGGACACUUUCUUGUGGAAAAUUCAGAAGCUUCCACCAUCAACAGGAACACUGGGGUGUUCUGGGCCCUUCUACAGUGCAGUAUGCUCUUUGGCAAUCUUUACAUCUAUCUGGACUGGAACGGAAGCACGGAAAUAUCAGACAGCAGUAGGAGAAACAUUUUUCUGUUCCUGCUCGUCGCCUCCAUCCUCGGCACGCUCAGCUUCUUGGUGUUGAGAAAGAGUCAUCAUGAAGAGGAGAUGCUCUCUGAAGAGGAGGGGAGGUCGCUGCUCUCCACUCGUGCAAUGUACAAGAACAGAGCAAACACUGCUUUGCGGGAUACCAAGUCAGAAUUCAGAACUAUCCUGCAGCUGCUGAAGACUAAAACUAUAUUGCUCCUAAGUCCAUGCAUGGCAUACAGUGGCCUCGAGCUGUCUUUUUACAGCGGUGUAUAUGGAACAUGUAUUGGAGCAACUACACACUUUGGAGAUGCAGCAAAAGGUCUAAUUGGGAUCUCUGGGAUUGUGGUAGGCAUUGGAGAAAUAGUAGGUGGAGGCUUUUUUGGAUUGCUAUGUAAGAACAGUCGCUUCAGACGAACAUCUGUGGUGUUUCUGGGGAUGGUUGUCCAUUUCAUUGCUUCCUAUUUGAUCUUCCUGAACAUCCCUGAUGACGCCCCCAUCGUCUUUGAAACCACCACCCAAAAGAAUCCAUAUUUAACUCCAAGCGUUUCCAUUGCCCUGCUGUGCAGCUUCUUGCUUGGACUUGGAGAUAGUUGUUUCAACACACAGCUCUACAGCAUAUUGGGCCAUGUCUAUGCUGAACAAAGCACACCUGCCUUUGCAAUCUUCAAAUUCAUCCAGUCUGUUAGUGCGGCCAUGGCGUUCUUCUACAGCGGAUACCUCCUGCUGAUGUGGCAGCUCCUGCUGAUGGUCGUCCUGGGCUUCAUUGGAACCCUCUGCUUCUUUGUGGUGGAGAGGAUGGAUGACUUCUCUGUAGAUUUACAGGAGUAUUAGAAAGAAAACGUGUCCGUUUCCGCUCCCACCUUCCGUCAUGUUGCAUCGAUGCUCUCCAUUUCUGCUUCAAGCAGUCAAUAAAAUAACCAAGACUUGUAGGUGUCUCGUAUUCGUCCAAGUGAUCGAGAUUCUUUAAUUGAAUUUUCAGCGACCCGGUUAUGCUGCACUUGGUCUGACGUUUUUAAUCAGCUUCCUGCUCAGGGUCCUUAUAAUGGCAACGAUAUUUUAUAAUGAUAUUGCAUGUAUCUGAACUGUUCAUUUAGAAUCUGUAAAGCUGUAAACUCGAUACUAAAUAAUGCCUGACAAUCACUAACCUUCAUUGUUUUUGUACAUUUUGGGUUCGGAUGUUGUUUGUGAGUCUUUAAUAAUAAAGUUUUUGCAGUAUUAGCGGUUGUAUUUCUUGUAAGUCGUG